AUGAGCAAAUCUCCGGGCAGUGUAGUUUCGUCCGAUGAAACUCAUAGUGCUAGUGAAGAAUCGCUAGUAAUUUCGGCUGCAAAUUCACAAACAUCCCUUAAAUCGAUCGGAGUAGUAAAACCGCCAGCAAGGAAGGUUUCCAGGGAUGACCCAUCUACAACAUCUGCCGCGGCUAAGGAAAGGCCUCCGUGGCGGCCGGCAAGUAUUGCCGUGGUCCCUACGCCACCGAAGCCGGACAUAAAGGCACGUUUGCUUGAGGCCUCAAAACGAAUGCGUCGAGUUAAUGCAGUGGUGCAGACGGACCCAGUGCAUACGAAAUUGAUGAAGGAAGCAUCCACAGACGAGCAAACCGAUUUGAUUACGAUGGUGGACGAGGAGAUUCUUACCGAUGGAAAUCUGGUGGUUCGUGAAGUUGGUAACUUAAUACUGACCCAUUCGGUGGCGCAAAUGACAGAGGGUGUGUCAACUUGCGACAGCGGCACCCAAACCGCCAUCCCUCGAAGUGGCAUUUCGUUUCGUAAAUUUCUAGAACCCUUACCCGAUGCACAGGAUCAACCGUCGACCACUUCCGGACAACCGAAACUGUUCGUUGAGGAACCGCUGCAGGAUUUGGGUUGGGCCGAUAUCGAGGAACAAUUGAAUCCAAAACUGAAAAUACCAAACGCCGACGAUUCGGAAGGGUCCCACGCCCAGGAACCCGAUGAGCCCCCUUCUUCUCAAAGUGGAAGUGAUAGCAUGAAGGAACCAAAUACACCUGAUCUUAUCAGCGCCACCGUCGAGGGAGAUCCAUCACCGCAUCGAACAUCCAACUUCCUUGAAACGCCAACGUUUGCCGCCUGGCAAAACCUGGACUUUUCCGACGAGGACUCCGAGAGUUACGUGCCGAGGGAGCUUCCACGCCGCUCGGUCGGGGAAGGCGAUCGUCCGUGGGCAGAGUUUAAGGAUCUCGUGAUUGGGUCUCGGGUGGCCAACAUGCGCCUAUCGCCCGUUCCACCCAGGAGACCAAGGCGCCCAAACCAGAAGACUGUCACGUGGAGCGAUAGGCAGCAUCGGGCCGUUUCCAAGCUGCUCAACGAAGCGUCCGCCCUGGUGGAUAUGUUCGAUCAUGUUUCGUUGCUGCUCGGGCCGGACAUUAAGCUUCACAAGCUACCACCCCAGCAGGAGUUUAGCCUACCGCCGCCAAAGUGGGAACCACUGUUGACCAAAUCGUGCGAUUUGCUUGAGGAAAAACUUGCCCAAGUGCAGCACCUAACGCUGGACGAUCUGGAGAGAAGCUACCCUUUGGACGCGGCGAAACCGGUACCCUCCUGCGCCCCGGCUCGCCUGUGUGAUGUAGGACCGGAAAACAUUUAA